CCUAGGAGAAAAAUCCCGCCUCCUGACCCAUAAGGCCACGGGGCCGGAAGUCCCACUCUCUCUUCCUGUUCUCCACCAUGGCGCAAGAUCAGGGUGAAAAGGAGAACCCCAUGCGGGAACUUCGUAUCCGCAAGCUCUGCCUCAAUAUCUGCGUGGGGGAGAGUGGAGACAGACUGACCCGAGCAGCCAAGGUGUUGGAGCAGCUCACAGGCCAGACCCCUGUGUUUUCCAAAGCUAGAUACACCGUCAGGUCCUUUGGCAUCCGGAGAAAUGAGAAAAUCGCUGUUCACUGCACUGUCCGUGGAGCCAAGGCAGAGGAGAUUCUGGAGAAAGGCCUGAAGGUGCGAGAGUACGAAUUACGGAAGAAUAACUUCUCAGAUACCGGCAACUUUGGCUUUGGGAUUCAGGAACACAUUGACCUGGGCAUCAAAUAUGACCCAAGCAUUGGCAUCUAUGGCCUGGAUUUCUAUGUGGUGCUGGGUAGGCCAGGUUUCAGCAUCGCAGACAAGAAGCGCAGAACAGGCUGCAUUGGGGCCAAACACAGAAUCAGCAAAGAGGAGGCCAUGCGCUGGUUCCAGCAGAAGUAUGAUGGCAUCAUCCUUCCUGGCAAAUAAACUUUAUCCAAAGGCCAAUAAAGUUUUCUCAGAAAUGCA